GGGGCCUCGCUCCCUCCUCCCCCCCGCGCUCCCGGCGGCGCUUCCCGGCACCCGCUGGCGGGGCUGGCGGGGCCGCCCGCUCCCUCCCCGCCCGCCCGCGGCGUCCCCGGCAGCGCGCGCCGCGAUGGCAGCGGCCGAGCGGGGCUGAGCCCGCCGCGCGCCGCAGCCCGGCGCCGCGCCCCCGCCAUGGCGAAGCAGUACGACGUGCUGUUCCGGCUGCUGCUGAUCGGGGACUCCGGGGUGGGCAAGACCUGCCUGCUGUGCCGCUUCACCGACAACGAGUUCCACUCCUCGCACAUCUCCACCAUCGGUGUUGACUUCAAGAUGAAGACCAUCGAGGUGGACGGCAUCAAAGUGCGCAUCCAGAUUUGGGACACCGCGGGGCAGGAGAGAUAUCAGACCAUCACAAAGCAGUACUAUCGACGGGCCCAGGGAAUAUUUUUAGUCUACGACAUUAGCAGCGAGCGCUCUUACCAGCACAUCAUGAAGUGGGUCAGUGAUGUGGAUGAGUAUGCACCAGAAGGCGUCCAGAAGAUCCUGAUAGGGAACAAGGCCGAUGAGGAGCAGAAGCGGCAGGUGGGAAGAGAGCAAGGGCAGCAGCUGGCCAAAGAGUACGGCAUGGACUUCUACGAAACAAGUGCCUGCACCAACCUCAACAUUAAAGAGUCUUUCACGCGCCUGACGGAGCUGGUGCUGCAGGCCCACAGGAAGGAGCUGGAUGGCGUCCGGACGCGUGCCAGCAAAGAGCUGGCUUUGGCAGAGCUCGAGGAGGAUGAGAGCAAACCUGAGGGCCCAGGGAACUCUUCCAAAACCUGCUGGUGCUGAGGGCCCUGCGUGGAGCACCCACAAACCUCCCCUCCCCUCAGGAGGCCUGUGGCACAGACAGGGAGUCCGGGCUUUGCCCUGCUUCUCCUCUCACCUGGGUGACCCGGUGGAACAUCAGUCACUGCUGCUUCCCCAGCCUGGCCUUGAGGGUGGCCCCGCCUCACCUCUGAGCAGCCCCCAGCCCCUCCCCUGGAGUGGAAUGCUUCAGCCCAGAUUCCCACCGCAGCCUGCUAGGAGCGAGCAAGCCCCGAGGUGCUGCAGCACGCUCACCCCGAGCUCCCCAGACAGCGGCGUCCGGAGUCCAGGCCACUGCAAGGCUCCUCCUCAGUGCAUCUCGUCUCCUGUCCGCUUCUCUCUCUGUCCCCCCACGCCCUGAGCCCUGAUGCAGCUCCUUUCUCUUCUCUCUUCCUAAGCCUGUCCAAGGGGAUGGACUGCAGCUCCUGGGAUGUUCCUUCUCUGCUCCUGGGAGAACUCCCGCCUGUUUUGUGGGGGGGGCCAACGGUGGGGUGCUUCUUCCCACCUCCCUUCCCCACGUCCUUCGUGUGCCCCGGCCCUCACCGCUGGCCUGGGGAAGUGAACCGUCAGGUGGGAAGGACUGGGGCCCUCAGCCUGGGGCUGCCCUACCUCUCCCAGCUUUGGCCUUGCUUGGCUGCCUGCCCACAGGCCUCUUGGGGAACUGAGCUCAGAGGCAGGUGCUUCAGAGGAGAAGAUAAACGGCGAGGAGUGGCAAGGAUAAGACGUCACCUCCAUUCUCUACCUCCCGUGCUGCACGUACCCAAUUCCUCCCUUCUGGGCUCCCGGAUUACAGACCUGAUCCAAAGCCUGAGGGCACUGCGGGGGCGAGGAGAGGCCGGGGCAGUGAUUGACAAGCUAGCCAAGGACUCCAGAAAGAGGAGCCUUUGCAGUUGAAGGACUAGUUCCUAUAGAUCAGGUUACAAGCAAGGGAGAGCAGGCCAGGGAGGGCAGUUUGCAAGCCAAAGGGGGACUCCCUGGGCCCUUCCGGUUCUCGUGUGAGAAGAGCAUUUCCCACCACCCCCUCGCAGGUGAGGGGUGGGCCUUCACAGAUCCAGCCUGCAGCUCAAGGCUUUCACGCCCCGGAGUUGGUGGGAGAGGAGCGGGACUUCCUGGGAAGAAGGGAGGCAGCCCUGAGGAAAUGCUCGGUGCUGUUUUCUCCCUUCUUCCAGACAAAGGGCUUCUCUGCCCCUCUGACUCCUGAUAGCAAGGCUUGGGGUUUGCCAGCUGCACGGAGGCUGCAGGUGGAGGGAACAGGACUCCUGCAGGGCUCUUUGUCCAGGAAGACGGUUCUUAACCCAUAGGGCCUCAGAGUCUCCCAAAGAAGGCCCUGUAAGGAAGGGACAGGCCAGUGACCAGCCCCAGGAGGGCUUCUGCCCCGCUUCCACAGGAGGACCAUCCUUCAGCUACAUAUUAGCUGCAUUGCUUGGCUGGGCCUGGAGCUAAGAGGAACAACUGGGCCCCACUUCCUUACCCAAAAAUGGGGUGUGGGCAUGAAAUCGCCACCCCUUUCUUCAGGGCUUGUCAGGCCAGGAGACCGCAGGCGAGGGGGACUCCGGAUGCAGGGAGGGGGCAGGUUAGCAGAGUGGGAGGGGAGGAGGGCAGGCGCAAUUGGUCGGUGGCUAGUGAAGAAGAUAGAGAGCCCGCGGGGGUGCUUCCUGAGGGCUGGCUCCUCGGAUGGCAGGACACAAGCGGCAUCACCUGGGGGUGGGAGGGCGGUCACGGCGGCCUUCAGAGUCAGCUCUCAAAGUGCCCUCAGCCCAGGCUUCGGAGAGGGGAGGUCCUGUUCGCCUUGGUCCAAGAGGGUGGGGGGCAGGCAGUAUUGCAGAUCUCCCUGCGGACAGGCUGAGCACCUCUGCCUUUCUCUCACCCCUCAGGACACGGGACUGUUUUAACUGCCCCAGGGGUUCUGGGAGGCGAAGCAAAGAGGGGAGCUUCUAGGGCUGAUUAGCCCCCAGCUGGGGGAGGGGUGGGACCCGGGAGACGUGGGGAUGUUGGGGUGCAUCACAUUCAUCAGGUUCCAGAGGUGGCCUCCCGCCCCUAAACUUCUCCAAUCCAGGAGUUGGCCUGGGGCCUGGCAUUAGGCCCAGACUGCUGAGCGGGCACUCCUGCCUGCGUACACCUCCCCCGUCUGCACCUGCUGUCCUAAGACCCGGCCCCCCACCUCCCCGUGACCGGUGAACUUUGUGUGCUGUGUCUUGGGUCCAGUAUAUGAAUUGUGAGCCGGGGUCAUCUAUUUUAAACUCAGAUGUUUACAAAAUAAAGACUCUUUCAAACCA